AUGUCCAUGACAGCCUCAGAUGUUGUCCAGGUACAUUUACAGAGAAAUCCAACACUGUCCCUGAGUCUUUGUACAAUAGCCUGCCGCUCUCUAGCUACACCAAGCCCAGCCAGAUACAUGGAUUCUGCAUCCCCUUCUGUUCAAUCUUGUUUGAUUGGUGUUGAUUACAAGCAUUUCUGUGAUGAGUUUCAUAUCUUUCUUCUGCUCGAACCAAGAGUUUUAGGUGGUGGAAGUGGUGUUACUGGCCCCUUACCAAGAGUUUUUAUUUCAGAGCUUCAUGUGGAUCAACUAAGCCCCAAAGCACAGGUUCUUAUUUUGUAUAUUUUUUCAUUGCCGACUCGGGAAAUAAUCAGAAAGUACACUGAAAAAUACGGUUGUGGAAAUAAAUAUGCUGCUCUUGCAAGUGCUCUGGUAUCUUUAACAUGGGAGAAGCCCUUGUAUUCUGAAUUUCAACAAUUGGAAGGGGAAAGUGAAUACGCUGCAUGGACCUUUGUCAAUGGGUAUGCACUCAAUCAUGUCACCAUCUCCACGCAUCGGCUGAAAUCUAACUUGAAGAAUAUCAAAAGCCUCAAUCAGUUCAUUGAAAAGAAUGGGUUCAAGUUGAAUUAUGAAGGCGGAGUUCUAAAAGGCAGUCCGGAUGGCCUUCUACUGCAAAGCUCAACCGUGGCAGAUUCAAUACCUUUCAGUUUCUCUGACGGUAUUAAUGAGUCCGUUCCCUGCUCAUACAUUGAGUUUGCUGAACGCCUUGUGUUGCCUCAAUACAAAAAUCAGCCCGAGAGUGAGAUAAAAGAGUCCCACAGGCGAGAUGGAUUUGAGGUCGGGAAUGCUGACAAGAUAUUUGAGAGCAUAUCCAAGGAGCAGCUGACAAGGAGAGCUUGAGCGUGGCAAUUCAGGGGAAAGUGUAGCGGAAGGUUAAUAAGUCAGACGGUCAAAUUUCGUAAUGUAAAUCAACUAACGUUACUGUUGUUGAAUGUAGAAAACAAUAAAUGAGGGGUUAAAUAUGAGUUGUAAUUGGCUU